AGCCUCGAUCGACGAUCGUUUGCCACAAUUUAAACUUUCGACAAAGUUGGAGUUUUCAAAACUUGAUGUUAUAACCCAUUUGACAUAUCUACAAAUUAGAGGGGUCGAAACAUAAAUAAAGAACGUUGAGUUUUAAACAAAAAAACUUAAAAUUAUUGAGUCAUCAGUCAUAUCACUUGCACUCUUCUCCAACUGCAGAUGCACACCACCGCCAACUCCAGCAAUCCGACCGGGAAGCUCGAUGCCGGAAAAAUUUUCCGGCUCGGGCAGCGGGUCCACUUCACCGGGCAGCCGAGAAGAGUCGGAACGGUCGGGUACGUGGGGGCCGUGGAGGGUUACGGCGGUGAUUGGGUCGGAGUCGAUUGGGACGCCGACGGAGAAGGCAAGCACGACGGAUCCCACAAUGGCGUCAGAUACUUCACGGCGAGAGGCCCCGAUACGGCGUCGUUCGUGCGGUCGCACAAUCUCAGCUCCGGCGUGUCGCUCUUGGAAGCACUCCAAACUCGCUAUCGAGCUCAAACGACUAAAGAGGAACUAGAUGAGAUGUAUGUCCUUUCUGCUAGAAACAAAAAGGUAUCCAUUGAGCUUCUGGGGAAACACAAAAUUGAAGAUAAAUUCAGUCGGUUUGAGGAGUUGACUAGUGCAUCAUUGUCUUAUUUGGGGGUCAGUUUUCCUGGAUCCCCAGACCAUAUCAGUUCGACAUUACCUAAUCUGAAAGAGCUCGACUUGACUGGAAACCUACUUGCUGAUUGGAAUGAUAUCAGCAUCAUCUGUGAAGGAUUGCCGGCUCUAACAGCUCUUAAUCUAUCCAAUAAUUCCAUGUCACAUGCUAUACUUAGCACGCCCCGACUAAGCAAUAUUCGAAUUUUAGUCUUGAACCAAACUGGAGUAGUUUGGGAUCAGAUGGAAGCUCUUAAGGAUGCACUCCCACACAUGGAAGAGCUACAUCUCAUGGGAAAUAAAUUAAGAGAAAUAACGCCAGUGUCUUCAGCUUUUGUUCAAGGAUUUGAUACCCUGCGACUGCUUAACCUUGAUAACAACUGUAUAUCAGCAUGGGAUGAGAUCGUAAAACUCUCCCUGUUACACAGCCUGGAGCAGCUUUUUCUGAACAACAAUAAUCUAAAUCGUAUCUCAUACCCGGAGUGUGGUAAAUUGGAUAAACCAUGCAAUGAAUUUGGCAAUGGGUCUCAAGAGAGGAGUAUUAGACCUUUCAAGAGUUUGUGUAGCCUUUAUCUUGGGGGCAACAACAUUGAAGACCUGGAAUCUGUUGAUUCACUUAACUCUUUCCCUAACUUGAUGGAUAUUAGGCUAUCCGGUAAUCCAGUUGCAGAUGUAGGGAAAGGUGGAGUGGCUAGAUUUGUCGUUAUUGCUCGUAUAGCAAAAAUGGAAUUGCUUAAUGGAAGUGAGGUUGGUCCUAGAGAACGAAAGGACUCUGAAAUUCGGUAUGUUCGCUUGGUCAUGUCAAAGUGUAAUGCUGACCCAGAAGAUAUUAGGAGACUCCAUCCCAGGUUUCAUGAGCUUAAAAAGAUCCAUGGACUUGAUGAUGAAAGACCAACAACUGGGGCAUCGGGCCCUCAAAAGAUGGCUUCUGGAUUGAUUUCUAUUACCUUGAAAUGUGUUGGAGCAUCGAUGGGCGAGAAGCCCCCUCUGGUUAAAAAGUUGCCUGCUACCACAACGGUGGGAAAGCUGAAGAACUUAUGCGAGAGUUUCUUCAAGUUAAAAUCCGUCAAGCCUAUACUGUUUCUCAAAGAAGAGGGUUCACCCUUGCCUAUAUUGCUUGAAGAUGAUAUGGCAACCCUUGUCGAGCUUGGGGUUGGCAACGAAUCCACCAUUCUUGUAGACGAGCUGUCUUGAUGUUCACUGGUGUGAAGGAUUGCCAACCCAUACUCAAAAUCGAGAAAACGGUGGCUUCCUCAAAUCAUCUUUUGAGUCUGCACUUAGCACUGCCAACUGUGUUUUGGGAUCAAGAGUUCUUUUUGGGAGGAUGAGACUCCACAAGUGAAAUUUCUGUUCAACGUGCAUCUCUCUAUAACCCUUCAAAUACUUCUGCUCAGUUUAUCUUAUUAGUGUCUAUUUUUUGCAUGCAAUUCCAACAAUCUUGUGUUAUAUGCCUUGAGUGCUAAUGCGAUCCUUAUUGUUUGGGUUU